CGUAGUUUUUCAAAAUGGCAAUAACUUCUCCGAAACGGUUAGAAUCAUCCCUUGGUGGCGGCAUGUCUCGGUCGACCUACAUUCGUAUUUACAUCAGCUCCUGCCUGCUGGGUAUCAUCAAUAACAACGGUUACACUCUAGUAAACGCUGUAGCUGCUGAUCUCGCAUUCCGUUAUGGCAAGGUUAAUUUCAUGAGCCUGUUCACGACGGUGCUCCUCGUUGGUUGUUUCGGUAUGACUAUUCUUCACUCGAGAGUUGCCUUUCGAUUUUCAUUCAAGCAACGCAUUUUCUUCACCCUGUGCUGUCAGACUCUUUCCUACGGUCUGCUGGCAGUAGCUGCUAUUCUUACUAACCCCAAUUUCGGCUUUGCCCUGUCCUUGAUCGGGACUGUCCUCACUGGCUUUGCCCAAGCCAUUGGAGAGGUCAACAACAUAUCCCGACUUCAUAGGCUUCCGGCCACGCUCAUCGGGGCGUGGGGUGCUGGCACUGGUCUUGCUGGCAUCGUUGGUCCGUUGAUAUACUCCGUCCUAGUGGCCGCUGGGGUCCACUACUCGUAUGUCAUGCUGGGAAUGAUCAUAACAAUACCAAUCUACUGGGUGUUGUUUUCUUAUAUAAACAACAAGGCCGAUUCUUGUUCCAGUGUGGACGACCAUGAGGAGGCGACUUCCUCCUCUUCUGCUGCUAAGAGCAUGGUCAGUAGCAGUCUCUCCAUUAGCAGCAUCAAAGUGGCUUUAGCCAUGGCUGGGGGUAUCAUCAUCAACCUUACUGCAGUGUACUUCUUGGAGUACUGGAUCCUCACUGGCUUCCUCGAUAGAGCCUCGGUCGGCCUCCCUGCUGAUGCUUCCUCUUUUGCUCGCUCAACUGUACGCUUCUGCAACAUCUCGUACAACACUGGUGUUCUCAUAUCGCGAGCCUCGGUGACGUGGGUCCAGAUUAAACGAGUUUGGAUACCAACUCUUCUCCAGCUCGUCCUAGUGAUUUUCUGGGCUCUAGAAGCCAGUCUCCAUUUCAUCCGAGAUGGCGUUGCUGCCUACUCUACGAUGACGUGGAUAUACAUCUGCAUUAUGCUGAUAGUAGGCCUCAUGGGAGGCGCCUCUUACUCCAACUGCAUGUUCUUAUUCCAGC